AAAGGAUACCCGGCCAAGGAAGGGGGCACAAAUCCCACGAGCGCCGACCUUGAACGUGUCCGGCUGCCGAAGAUCCUCCCCUACAUGCAGGAAUACUCGCGGCCGUACUUCUUCGGCUGGCCGGUCACCCUCGAGUGGCUCGCCCUGUUCGAAGAAUGCGCCAGUCCGUACGUCGCGUCGGUCGGGCAAGGCUGCAUCGGAAACGCCAUGUGGCUCCUAAAGGAGCUGUGCAACGCGGCUCACGACAGCUCCGACUUCGACCUCAUAACGGAGUACGCCGUGCACAAGGACGCACCCGUCCAGCCCGAGGACGAUAAAGAAGAGUGGCCCCCCGCCGAUCUGCAGUUCUGGAUGGUGUCGAUCCGGAACACGGUCUUCGCCUGUGACCAGAUUUUCGCGAGGCCGACGCGGGCCCAGUACGCGUGGCUCAACGAGAUCAUGCCUGGGGACGAGGAGCCGCAGUGGUUCAAGAGUUUCCACAGCCGAGCGCAGUACUAUGAUCUCAUAUCGUAA